AGCCGGCCUCCCAGCAAUGCUUAUCCAAUAGUUGACUAGUCUGUCACAUCCCUAACAUUUGUUUUGCUUCAUUCUUCACUCAGACCAGAUUGUUAGUUUCAGGGUAAAUGCACCUGGCUGCUCCCUCAAAGCACCCACUUAAGUUUCUGGUUCUGAGACAUCACUUCCCUUGAGUGGAGAUGCAUCUAAUUCCGUCUUGACCAGCACUUUAAGGCUGCACUGCUCCCCUGCAGACAAGUCUGCCUGUCUAGUUGUCCGUCUUGGAGAGCAAGACCUUGUGAACUUGAGACCUGGUCCUCCCUCUCCCAUCUGGGCUUUAGGAAGUAGGUGUGGUGUCCUUUAUCCCUCCAGGUAUCAGCUCAAGGAAGGGGUUGAAGUUCCUCAUACCCACAGUUCUUUAGACAAGAGAGAAAUAAAGCAAGAGCAGCUCUCAACCAGGCAUUGCUGCAUCAGCACAAGCAGCGGGCAAAAUUGAUUCUUAAACAGCCCCUGUAGGCGAAUUCCUUUGGGCCAUCUCCACAGCAGUUGGGGUGCAGGAAUUCUGGUGGUUUUACCUAAAAUUCAACGGGAAGAGCACUGAACCCCCACCACCACAGGGUAGCCCUUUUAUCUCUGUAUAUUAAGUCAAUGCGUGCAGUGUUUUUUUUCUCCACCAGGCUCAGGGUCCUUUACAUUUUCCCAGUGCAUCAAGCAGUCCUUGGCUAUGGGAAAAAUUUCCCCUACUUUCCUGGCUGUAGUUACUGUUGUCCUCUCCGACACGUGGGCAUUUUCCACUGUUGGGUGAGUGGCAGCUUGAGCAAGCGCACUGCAGGUCACUCAGCAGCCCUACUUUUGACUGGACUCUGUACCAGGCAUGUAAAAUCUAGAUUAAGUGGUUAAACGUAGUGCUUACACUUGCAUAAGGAAAUGGAGAAUGUGCUUAUAAAAUUCAUAGGCAAUACCAAGCUGGGAAAGGCUGCAAGCACAUUGGAGGACAGGCUUAGAAUUCAAAAUGACCAUGACAAAUUGGAGUUGGAAAUCAGUAAGAUAGAAUUCAAUCAAGUGCAGAGUGUUACACUUAGGAAGGAGAAUUCAAAUGCACCAAUACAAAAAGGGGAAUAUCUGGCUAGGUGGUAGUACUGCAGAAGAGGAUCUGGAGAUGGUAGCGGAUCAUAAACUGAACAAGAGCCACCCAGGUGAUGCCGUGGCAAAAACCGCUAAUCUCAUUUUGGAGCGUAGUAGCAGGAGUGUUGUAAGACAUUGGAGGUUGCUCUGCUCAGUUGAAAUAGUGUGUCCCGUUCUGUGCACCAUACUUGAAUUGGAGGUUAUCCAAAGGAAAGCAACAGAAUGUCUAAACCUUUAAUCAGUCUGAUCUAUGAGGAAAUGCUAACAAAGAGCUGGGCAUUGUUUAGUCUUGGAAAACCGACAGUAGAAACACCAGAAAUCAAAUAUAAAAGGGCUGAUAUAAAGAGGAUGAUGAUCAAUUGUUCUCCAUGUCCUCUGAAGGUAGGAUAAGACAUAACUGGCUUAAUCUGCAUCAAGGAAGUUUUUGGUUGGCUAUUAGGAAAAACUCUCCAACAACAAGGAUGGUUAAGUAUUGGUAUUGGUUUUUAAGAAAAGGCUGGACAAACGCGCGUCAGGAUGGUCUAGGUAUACUUGGUCCUGCAGGGGAAAGGAGCUGGGCUGAACUAAAUGAGCCCUUGAAAUGCCUUCUAGCCCUACAUUUCUAGGAUUCUGUGAGGCCUGUUCAAAGGCUGGGGGCAGAUUAUCCUUUAUCUGCUACUGUGGAGUUCUUACACUAUCGUCUGAAAUCUCUCCACUGGCUGCUGUCAUGGAAAGGGAACUGGUCUAGACACACCUUAGCUCUGAUCCAGAUUAGCAGUUCCUAGUUUCUGCAUCCAUUUCCCCAUUCAUGCAAAUACAUAUCAACAUCCACCUACAUGGACCCCUGCAACUGAAAUCUAUUUGGGGAGCACUGAAUGGGCUUCUUUGCUUUGCAGCGAGUGCAAUUGCUGACUCUGCGGUGCGCAUCCAAAUGGCAAAAUGGGAAGAUCUGUGGGUCCCAAGUUUCAAGGACUUGAAGGAAAGGAAACUCUCAAGAGACAGCCACACAGCAGAUGACGAGAUUGCCAGCGAGAGUGAGGACGACGACCACAGUCCUCAGCCGGAAGAGCCCGAGAAAGUGGAGCCUCACGAGGCAUCAAGAAAAUCCAAAUCAGCCAUUUCCCAGAGUCAGCAGAGCUCGGAAAAGCAGCCGCCAAAGCCGGCGGGGAAGAGACGGGGCAAGUCGGCUCCCCCGGAGAGCGCUGCAGGAAAGCAGCAGAGAAUCCGCAAAGGGGAGGUGCCCAACGCGUGUCUGGAGUGUGGGAAGGUCUUCGGCCGGAAGUCCCAUCUCGUGAGACACCAGAGAACUCACCGGCGCGAGAAGCCAACCAUUUGCAACGAGUGCGGGAAGAGCUUCAGCCGCAGCUCGACCCUCGUGGAGCACCAGCGAACCCACACGGGCGAGAAGCCCUACCGGUGCACCGAGUGCGGGAAGCACUUCAGCCAGAGUUCCCACCUCAUCACGCACCAGCGGAUCCACACGGGCGAGAAGCCCUACCAGUGCAGUGUGUGCGGGAAGCGCUUCCACCAGAACUCCCAUCUCCUGACCCACCAGCGGACCCACACGGGGGAGAAGCCCUACCAGUGUACGCAGUGCUGGGAACGCUUCAGCCGCAGCUACACCCUGACCAGGCACCAGCGGAGCCACACGGGGGAGCGGCCCUACCCCUGCCCCGACUGUGGCAAAUGCUUCAGCCUCAACUCCACCCUCCUCAGCCAUCAGCGAACCCACACGGGCGAGAAGCCCUACAAAUGCACCAAGUGUGGGAAGAGCUUCACGCGGAGCUCCACGCUCGUCCAGCACCAGAGAACGCACAUAGGGGACAAGAUCUAUACCUGCCCCUGCUGCAACAAGGUGGCCUGCUCCAGCCUCCUCUUCUGAGCUGGGGGCCGGGCUCAUUCCAGCUGGCCCUGAGCUUGGGCACGGGACCAAUCCAGACAGCCGACAGAUUCCCCUUUUCCUGUCUGAGUGGAUCCUAAAGAGCAAGGACUGCCAAGGCCAUUGGAGAGGCCUUUCCUAUAGGAACUGCAGUGGGCUCAGCUUCUCAACAGGGGAAAACCUCACUCGUCGUUUUACCUUGGGUUCUAAUUCAGACUCUCUUUUGUGCGCACAUGCUGGGGAAACAUCAUGCCUCCCUUCCAUCUCCUGCUGAUUGGUGCUGCUCAUUAAAGGACACACUACAGAAUAGGUUUGAGAGGGGGAAGUGUAAUCCUCCAUUUUCAAAAAAAGGGAAAGGAAGUGAAAUCAGACAAGCGGUGGUGUUCCCCAGCCAGAAUCUCUCCCUUGCCCUGUAGUGCUGUCAUGUUUCCCAUACCUGGUUCCCUGUGAGAAGAAAAAAAUCCCU